AUGUCCAUUGGUCCCAAACAAACGAUAUAUCUAAACAACCUCAAUGAAAAAGUAUCACUAACUAAACUAAAAGCAAAUUUGGAGCCCUUAAUACACAAUUUCGAGCCGUUGGAUAUCUCGCUUGCAAAGACAUUGAAAUUGAAAGGUCAGGCUUUUAUAACAUUUCGUGAUGUUGACUUAGCUUCAAAAGUGGUAAAUGAAUUAAACGGUUUACAGCUACUCGGUAAGCCCGUAAGAGCAACUUUUGCCAAAACCAAUAGCGAUAAAGUGGUUCUUGAUGAAGCACAACUAAAGGAAAUUAAAAAGAUACGACAUGAAAAAAAAAUUAUCAAGAAUAAGAAUAUAGCAAAGUCAAAGAAGAAGAAGAAGCUGAUUAAAGAUAAGCUGAAAAGGGAAUCAACUCAAGCUAAGGAUAAAAAUAAGAAAGCCACAGAUUUGUCAGUAUGGAAGAACUUACCACCUAAUCGUAUAUUGCUUUUACAAAAUCUUGACUCAAAUAUAUCAAAGGAAAUUCUCAAUGAGGUUUUUCAAGAUUUCAGCGGGUUUGAAAUUGUUAGAUUUGUCAAGCCAAGAAACUUGGCAUUUGUAGAUUUUGCAGAUGACGAAAUGGCAAGAGGUUGUUUAGAGCAUUUUGAUGAACCCGAAUUAAAGCAAAAGUUUGGUUCCGAAUCUAUAUUCUCCUAUGCUAAAAAAUAA